GCAUUGGAAGCUGUUGUAGAGGGUUCGACGGAAAGCUUGCGCAACACAGAACACAUUUACACUGACCAAAUCUGGUUCUUCAGUGACCUCAGGGUAUACGACAGAAAGCUAUCCCCCCCGAAAGACCCGAACCUUCCGAACUCGGCGCGGCUGCAAACAUGGGCGCCGGCCAGUCCAAGCCGGACGAAUCUACCAAGCAUGUUUUCGCAAGCGACACACCCAUACAAUUCUCACAAGAGCUAAUCGACGCACUCGAAGCAUCAUCAGAAACAAACUCAACACGCGCAAAGACACUAGAACUACACAUUGCGCACCGCGUCGCCGCCGAACUCGAGAAACUCAAGAACCACGAAUCGUCGGUAUUGGAAGAGGCGAGGAAGAAGAUUCUGGAGUCCUCGGACGACAAGUCUGAGUCCUCGAGUGGGAAGGGCUCAUUACUAUCCAUCCCCUCGAUAUCGCCUAGCGAUCUGCUGGAGAGUAAAGAAGAUAAACGGAAAAAGAAUGUGACGUCUACGAAAGUGCAGGAAGAGAUUGAGAAGUUGAGACAGACCUUGGAUUCGAGGAAGGUGUUGAAGGAGGUUCCGGGUGAGGUUGAAGCUGCGAGACAAAAUGUCAUUUCUUGUUUGAGGGUGAAAGACCGACAACCGCUGGAUUGUUGGAAGGAGGUCGAGAUAUUCAAACGGGCGGUGAGGGGGAUGGAGGAGAGUUAUGUGGCUUCUAUGCUCUAAUUGCCAAGCUCUGCGUUGAGGACGAAUUGUAUAUACAGUAUCGGAUCUGCGAGUCGACUGGGCGGGAAAGGUGGAUGCUGUUCUGCUAGCAAAGAAGGACCACGAGGGUUACCAGCGUCGAAAGCAACUCGCAAGGCCUGAGGAGAAC